UAUAAAAUAAUUAGAAUGUAACUAUAAGUAAUAUGUAAUGAAUAAUCUUGGACAUUCAGAAGACCUCUGGAUGAACUAACAAUAAAAUAAAUAGUUAAGAGACUUCCAUAUAGAAUAAAUAACUUACCAAAUAAAUUUGCUCUUUAAUAUGAGGAUUUUGAUGGAGAUAUGAUUGAUGUGACAUGUGAUGCUGACUUAUUGACAAUAAGAGAAUGUUAAUUUGAUAAGAAAAUGAUUACAUUGUAAUAAUAUAUAAAAUAAAUAAAAGAUAUGUACAAGAAGUUAAAAUAGGUGGAUUUAUAAAAGAAGAUGUAUGCAAUAAUAUGGAGAACAGAAAAGAACAUAUUAAAUAAAUGGUAAAUUCUAGGGUAAUGGAACUUAUUCCUGAGAUAACAAAGUAAGUGAAACAAGCAAUCGAAAAUGAUGUCAUUUAAAAAUAGAUUGAAAAUUUAUCAAUAGCAAAUUCAACAAUAGUAGAAGAAAAAGAAGAUAAAAAAAUAGUACAUGAAAAGGUAUGUUGUGAUGGAUGUGAAAUGUUCCCAAUUAUUGGUACAAGAUAUAAAGUAAAUAUUUAAAAAUAUAAUUUAUAGUGUGCAGUAUGCAAAGACUUUGAUCUAUGUGAGAAAUGUGAAGAUUAAGGAACUCAUGAACAUGCCAUGUUAAAAAUUAGAAAACCAGAAUAAGCUCCUUCAAUUAUAAUUACAGCUAUUGUAUUAUAUAAUUUCAUAUAUUUAGGGUGAUAAACCAGAUUUACCAUAAGGAAAUAUCUUAAGAAGUUAAAUAAGUGAAUUGAUUCAAACUAUGUAAUUAAAAUAAUCUUCUAAUAUCCCUAUUUUAAAAGAGAAUUAAAUUGAUACAAUAUCAAUGUCAAUGUCAAUGCCAAUGAAUUCUUAGUUAUUGGAUCUUUUAUGUAAAGAAACUACCUAAGAAAAUACUUAAGAAAAUAACUUAAAUAAAUCAACCAAUCCCAAUGUUGUAGAAUUGUGUGAAUUAUUGAGAGUUAGACCAGAAGUAGCUGAAACUUUGAUAGAUUUAUUCCCAAACUAAAAUGCCAAGGAGAUAAUGGAAAUUAUUGGAGAUGACUUAGAAUACAUCAAUUCCCUUCAAAGAUCAACCAUUUGAAAUAUCAAUAAUUAUCAUCCAUUAUAUGGUUAUUUAAAAUCACAUUAAAAU